ACGAGCAAUUUUGUUCAAUGCAAGCUCAUUUAUAAUCUACAAAGAUUAUUCAUCAAUAUGGCAACUCGGGAGAUAUUGACACUGCAAUUAGGACAUUAUUCCAAUUAUAUUGGCACCCACUGGUGGAAUCUUCAGGAAAGUAAUUUCUCCUACGAUCCUGAAAACCCAUCGGAAAUAAACAAUGAUGUUCUGUACCGAGAAGGAGAAACAGCCAGGAAACAAGUGACUUACACUCCUCGAUUAUUAGUAGUGGAUUUGAAAGGAACGCUGGGUUAUCUGAACCGCCAAGGAAAUCUCUAUGAUGAGAGAACAACUGACGAAAAGCCAGUUCCAUUAUGGGAUGAGAGCCGAACAGAACUGCAGGAAGAAGAAACUCCUGGGAAGUCAUCGUUUCUCCGCAGUUUGGAAGAGAAUGAAAAUAAAACAUCAACAGAAUCAUCGAGUUUGGAGACAGAGAUAAACAGUUGGGUGGAUUAUUUGGUGCCUAGAUUUCAUCCGAGGACAAUAAACGUUGUAACGGAAUACAAACAUGAAUGUCCUGACCAGCCGUUUGACGUUUUCAAUUAUGGUGUAAACUUAUGGCAGAACGAACAGUUCGAGGACGAUUUUAGCGAUCGAAUAAGAUCUUACGUCGAAGAAUGUGAUAUGAUGCAGGGUUUUCAAGUUUUGCUGGAUUCCCAGGAUGCUUUUGGAGGCCUGGGGUCGAGCUGCGUCCAACAUUUGCGCGACGAGUACGGCAAAAGUAUCAUUGCUUUUCCAAGUAUAGAUGGAAAAAAUGAGGAACCUUCGGCAAAGGAUUUGAUAAGAGUCGUGAACACCGCAUUGUGCUGGCAACAAAUCAGUGAGAAUUCUUCGUUAUUUAGUCCGCUGUGCUGCGGAAAUAAAGGUUGGCCAAAUGCUGGUGAAGCCAGAAGCUUUCGGAACCUCAACUAUGAUCUGCAACUGAAAUACCACACGAGCGCUCUCUUGGCCACUGCUCUCGACACUCUCAGCUUACGCUACAGACUGAAAGCCCAUCGAAUUUCAGUCCUCUCCGAUCUCUGCGCCGAUUUGAAUAAACUGGGACGAAAAGCUGUUGCGACCAGUCUCAGUCUACCAUUUCCAAUGACUGUGAAACGAGAUCUGAUCGAUGUACUGGAUGACCUUGACGCACCCACGUGGACCAGCUUAACACCGAAUUGCGAAAUUCCAAUCGACAAACAAAUGCAGAGCAUCGCCCUUCGCGGUAUUCCUGAAGAACGACUCAAACGACCCCUCGAACAAGCUAAAAAACAAAUGGCCAUGCCUGCCUACCGAUGCUCCACCGUUCACGAAAUGAUGACAAUGUUUCUUGCCUACAGUUGUCAAGCCUCUGCCAUUUAUUUCACCAACGCUCAAGCUCCCCUCAAAAUCGCUGAUCCUUUUCCACGAAUUUUCAAUAAUAAUGUUCAUGCUAAUGGAGAUGUUGCUGGUUGGCCCGUUGGCGAAGAUGUCAAAUCAGUGCCUGUUCUCGCGGGUCUUCACAGUGGAAGCAGCUUGUCCAAAAUGUUCGAAUCUCUUCACGAACAAGCCUCGAGAGUAAAGAACAUCAAAAGAUUUCAUGCUUUUGGAGAUUCGGGUCUGGAGCAGGACGACUACACCGAGUGCCUUAAUUAUUUGCUCGACAGCAAAGAAUCUUUUGAGGAUCAUUACGAUUGAUCACUUCAUCGCCGCUAAACAACUCGUUUAUUUUCAACACGUUUGAAUUAUUUACUUUUUUUAUACUUAAAGUCAUCGAACUUCAUUUGCUUACUAGCGCACAGAUCAAGUUUAACUUAAGAAACGAGAGUGGUUUUUACCACGUUGCGAGUAAAUCAAAUAUUUUCCGAAAAAUUUUACUUUCAAUGCACUCCAAGUUUAAGUAUUAUUAUUUAUUUUCAUAAUUAAAUGAAAUAACAUUUUCUCGAGAUACUGAAGAAUUUUCUUGUCGUUUUCAUACCCCAGUUUUUCCGUAUUCACGUUUGACACGAAAUUUUGAUUGUGCAUCGAAUCCAAACCUCGUUAAUAACUUUGUUUGAUGUCGAAUAAUUCCAGCAGGAGAUUCACGACGAUGUACACGAACCGAGUUUGUAUAGUGCGCUUAAUCGGUAAUGUGCGUGCUUCGAAAUUCACCCGAAGAGUUUCAAUCCCAAUGUGUUGGAGGUAAAACGAUGCGAGGUGAUUCGAAACGUGGGUGCGAAGCGGGCGCGGCUCACCACUCUUCAAACUACAUAAGGCGAUUAAUACUUUUAUCAAUUUAAUCAAGUUGAUUAAAACAGUGUCUCCAAUACAUUCCUACAUUGAUUAUGCACAAAACUUGUCACGAGACCGAAAUUUGAGCGAGUUAAAAAAACGUUUUCCAGAAAAACAACGAAUUUUUUAACAGUAAUUCAAUAACUAAUGAGAAACUGGAUAAAAAGUUGUGUGAAUUGCGAGUUCAUGAAAUCUGAAUACUUUUUCGAUUAAUUUGUUUCAAAACGCGAGCAAAUGUUAGUGAUUGUAAUAAAAAUACGAAGAAUGAUGA